AUGGCAGCACACAGGCCUCACACCACCUGCAACCACAUACCACAUUUCCUCCCUCAGUUCCUCCCUCAGUUCCUCCCUCAGUUCCUCCCUCAGUUCCUCCCUCAGUCCCUCCCUCAGUCCCUCCCUCAGUUCCUCCCUCAGUUCCUCCCUCAGUUCCUCCCUCAGUUCCUCCCUCAGUUCCUCCCUCAGUUCCUCCCUCAGUUCCUCCCUCAGUUCCUCCCUCAGUUCCUCCCUCAGUUCCUCCCUCAGUUCCUCCCUCAGUCCCUCCCUCAGUUCCUCCCUCAGUUCCUCCCUCAGUUCCUCCCUCAGUUCCUCCCUCAGUUCCUCCCUCAGUCCCUCCCUCAGUCCCUCCCUCAGUUCCUCCCUCAGUUCCUCCCUCAGUUCCUCCCUCAGUUCCUCCCUCAGUUCCUCCCUCAGUUCCUCCCUCAGUUCCUCCCUCAGUUCCUCCCUCAGUUCCUCCCUCAGUUCCUCCCUCAGUCCCUCCCUCAGUUCCUCCCUCAGUUCCUCCCUCAGUUCCUCCCUCAGUUCCUCCCUCAGUUCCUCCUUCAGUACCUCCCUCAGUUCCUCCCUCAGUUCCUCCCUCAGUUCCUCCCUCAGUUCCUCCCUCAGUUCCUCCCUCAGUUCCUCCCUCAGUUCCUCCCUCAGUUUCUCCCACAGUUCCUCCCUCAGUUCCUCCCUCAGUUCCUCCCUCAGUUUCUCCCACAGUUCCUCCCUCAUUCCUUCCUCCCUCAGUUCCUCCCUCAGUUCCUCCCUCAGUUCCUCCCUCAGUUCCUCCCUCAGUUCCUCCCUCAGUUCCUCCCUCAGUUCCUCCUUCAGUACCUCCCUCAGUUCCUCCCUCAGUUCCUCCCUCAGUUCCUCCCUCAGUUCCUCCCUCAGUUCCUCCCUCAGUUCCUCCCUCAGUUCCUCCCUCAGUUCCUCCCUCAGUUCCUCCCUCAGUUCCUCCCUCCCUCAGUUCCUCCCUCAUUCCUCCCUCAGUUCCUCCCUCAGUUCCUCCCUCAGUUCCUCCCUCAGUUCCUCCUUCAGUACCUCCCUCAGUUCCUCCCUCAGUUCCUCCCUCAGUUCCUCCCUCAGUUCCUCCCUCAGUUCCUCCCUCAGUUCCUCCCUCAGUUCCUCCCUCAGUUCCUCCCUCAGUUCCUCCCUCAGUUCCUCCCUCAGUUCCUCCCUCAGUUCCUCCCUCCCUCAGUUCCUCCCUCAUUCCUCCCUCAGUUCCUCCCUCAGUUCCUCCCUCAGUUCCUCCCUCAGUUCCUCCCUCAGUUCCUCCCUCAGUUCCUCCCUCAGUUCCUCCCUCAGUUCCUCCCUCAGUUCCUCCCUCAGUUCCUCCCUCAGUUCCUCCCUCAGUUCCUCCCUCAGUUCCUCCCUCAGUUCCUCCCUCAGUUCCUCCCUCAGUUCCUCCCUCAUUCCCUACCUCAGUUCCUUCCUCCCUCAGUUCCUCCCUCAUUCCUCCCUCAGUUCCUCCCUCAGUUCCUCCCUCAGUUCCUCCCUCAGUUCCUCCCUCAGUUCCUCCCUCAGUUCCUCCCUCAGUUCCUCCCUCAGUCCCUCCCUCAGUCCCUCCCUCAGUCCCUCCCUCAGUUCCUCCCUCAGUUCCUCCCUCAGUUCCUCCCUCAGUUCCUCCCUCAGUUCCUCCCUCAGUCCCUCCCUCAGUCCCUCCCUCAGUUCCUCCCUCAGUUCCUCCCUCAGUUCCUCCCUCAGUUCCUCCCUCAGUUCCUCCCUCAGUUCCUCCCUCAGUUCCUCCCUCAGUUCCUCCCUCAGUUCCUCCCUCAGUUCCUCCCUCAGUCCCUCCCUCAGUUCCUCCCUCAGUUCCUCCCUCAGUUCCUCCCUCAGUUCCUCCCUCAGUUCCUCCUUCAGUACCUCCCUCAGUUCCUCCCUCAGUUCCUCCCUCAGUUCCUCCCUCAGUUCCUCCCUCAGUUCCUCCCUCAGUUCCUCCCUCAGUUCCUCCCUCAGUUUCUCCCACAGUUCCUCCCUCAGUUCCUCCCUCAGUUCCUCCCUCAGUUUCUCCCACAGUUCCUCCCUCAUUCCUUCCUCCCUCAGUUCCUCCCUCAGUUCCUCCCUCAGUUCCUCCCUCAGUUCCUCCCUCAGUUCCUCCCUCAGUUCCUCCUUCAGUACCUCCCUCAGUUCCUCCCUCAGUUCCUCCCUCAGUUCCUCCCUCAGUUCCUCCCUCAGUUCCUCCCUCAGUUCCUCCCUCAGUUCCUCCCUCAGUUCCUCCCUCAGUUCCUCCCUCAGUUCCUCCCUCCCUCAGUUCCUCCCUCAUUCCUCCCUCAGUUCCUUCCUCCCUCAGUUCCUCCCCCACUUCCCUCCCUCAGUUCCUCCCUCAGUUCCUCCCUCAGUUCCUCCCUCAGUUCCUCCCUCAGUUCCUCCUUCAGUACCUCCCUCCCUCAGUUCCUCCCUCAGUUCCUCCCUCAGUUCCUCCCUCAGUUCCUCCCUCAGUUCCUCCCUCAGUUCCUCCCUCAGUUCCUCCCUCAGUUCCUCCCUCAGUUCCUCCCUCAGUUCCUCCCUCAGUUCCUCCCUCCCUCAGUUCCUCCCUCAUUCCUCCCUCAGUUCCUCCCUCAGUUCCUCCCUCAGUUCCUCCCUCAGUUCCUCCCUCAGUUCCUCCCUCAGUUCCUCCCUCAGUUCCUCCCUCAGUUCCUCCCUCAGUUCCUCCCUCAGUUCCUCCCUCAGUUCCUCCCUCAGUUCCUCCCUCAGUUCCUCCCUCAGUUCCUCCCUCAGUUCCUCCCUCAUUCCCUACCUCAGUUCCUUCCUCCCUCAGUUCCUCCCUCAUUCCUCCCUCAGUUCCUCCCUCAGUUCCUCCCUCAGUUCCUCCCUCAGUUCCUCCCUCAGUUCCUCCCUCAGUUCCUCCCUCAGUUCCUCCCUCAGUCCCUCCCUCAGUCCCUCCCUCAGUCCCUCCCUCAGUUCCUCCCUCAGUUCCUCCCUCAGUUCCUCCCUCAGUUCCUCCCUCAGUUCCUCCCUCAGUCCCUCCCUCAGUCCCUCCCUCAGUUCCUCCCUCAGUCCCUCCCUCAGUCCCUCCCUCAGUUCCUCCCUCAGUUCCUCCCUCAGUUCCUCCCUCAGUUCCUCCCUCAGUUCCUCCCUCAGUUUCUCCCACAGUUCCUCCCUCAGUUCCUCCCUCAGUUCCUCCCUCAGUUUCUCCCACAGUUCCUCCCUCAGUUCCUCCCUCAGUUCCUCCCUCAGCCUCAGUUCUCCCCGUUCCUCCCUCAGUUCCUCCCUCAGUUCCUCCCUCAGUUCCUCCCUCAGUUCCUCCUUCAGUACCUCCCUCAGUUCCUCCCUCAGUUCCUCCCUCAGUUCCUCCCUCAGUUCCUCCCUCAGUUCCUCCCUCAGUUCCUCCCUCAGUUCCUCCCUCAGUUCCUCCCUCAGUUCCUCCCUCAGUUCCUCCCUCCCUCAGUUCCUCCCUCAGUUCCUCCCUCAGUUCCUCCCUCCCUCAGUUCCUCCCUCAGUUCCUCCCUCAGUUCCUCCCUCAGUUCCUCCCUCAGUUCCUUCCUCCCUCAGUUCCUCCCCCACUUCCCUCCCUCAGUUCCUCCCUCAUUCCUCCCUCAGUUCCUCCCUCAGUUCCUCCCUCAGUUCCUCCCUCAGUUCCUCCUUCAGUACCUCCCUCAGUUCCUCCCUCAGUUCCUCCCUCAGUUCCUCCCUCAGUUCCUCCCUCAGUUCCUCCCUCAGUUCCUCCCUCAGUUCCUCCCUCAGUUCCUCCCUCAGUUCCUCCCUCAGUUCCUCCCUCCCUCAGUUCCUCCCUCAUUCCUCCCUCAGUUCCUCCCUCAGUUCCUCCCUCAGUUCCUCCCUCAGUUCCUCCUUCAGUACCUCCCUCAGUUCCUCCCUCAGUUCCUCCCUCAGUUCCUCCCUCAGUUCCUCCCUCAGUUCCUCCCUCAGUUCCUCCCUCAGUUCCUCCCUCAGUUCCUCCCUCAGUUCCUCCCUCAGUUCCUCCCUCCCUCAGUUCCUCCCUCAUUCCUCCCUCAGUUCCUCCCUCAGUUCCUCCCUCAGUUCCUCCCUCAGUUCCUCCUUCAGUACCUCCCUCAGUUCCUCCCUCAGUUCCUCCCUCAGUUCCUCCCUCAGUUCCUCCCUCAGUUCCUCCCUCAGUUCCUCCCUCAGUUCCUCCCUCAGUUCCUCCCUCAGUUCCUCCCUCAGUUCCUCCCUCAGUUCCUCCCUCAGUUCCUCCCUCCCUCAGUUCCUCCCUCAUUCCUCCCUCAGUUCCUCCCUCAGUUCCUCCCUCAGUUCCUCCCUCAGUUCCUCCCUCAGUUCCUCCCUCAGUUCCUCCCUCAGUUCCUCCCUCAGUUCCUCCCUCAGUUCCUCCCUCAGUUCCUCCCUCAGUUCCUCCCUCAGUUCCUCCCUCAGUUCCUCCCUCAGUUCCUCCCUCAGUUCCUCCCUCAGUUCCUCCCUCAGUUCCUUCCUCCCUCAGUUCCUCCCUCAUUCCUCCCUCAGUUCCUCCCUCAGUUCCUCCCUCAGUUCCUCCCUCAGUUCCUCCCUCAGUUCCUCCCUCAGUUCCUCCCUCAGUUCCUCCCUCAGUUCCUCCCUCAGUUCCUCCCUCAGUUCCUCCCUCAGUUCCUCCCUCAGUUCCUCCCUCAGUUCCUCCCUCAGUUCCUCCCUCAGUUCCUUCCUCCCUCAGUUCCUCCCUCAUUCCUCCCUCAGUUCCUCCCUCAGUUCCUCCCUCAGUUCCUCCCUCAGUUCCUCCCUCAGUUCCUCCCUCAGUUCCUCCCUCAUUCCUACCUCAGUUCCUUCCUCCCUCAGUUCCUCCCUCAGUUCCUCCCUCAGUUCCUCCCUCAGUUCCUCCCUCAGUUCCUCCCUCAGUUCCUCCCUCAGUUCCUCCCUCAGUUCCUCCCUCAGCUCUCCCUCAGCUCCUCCCUCAGUUCCUCCCUCAGUUCCUCCCUCAGUUCCUCCCUCAGUUCCUCCCUCAGUUCCUCCCUCAGUUCCUUCCUCCCUCAGUUCCUCCCUCAGUUCCUCCCUCAGUUCCUCCCUCAGUUCCUCCCUCAGUUCCUCCCUCAGUUCCUCCCUCAGUUCCUCCCUCAGUUCCUCCCUCAGUUCCUUCCUCCCUCAUUCCUCCCUCAGUUCCUCCCUCAGUUCCUCCCUCAGUUCCUCCCUCAGUUCCUCCCUCAGUUCCUUCCUCCCUCAGUUCCUCCCUCAGUUCCUUCCUCCCUCAGUUCCUCCCUCAGUUCCUCCCUCAGUUCCUCCCUCAGUUCCUCCCUCAGUUCCUCCCUCAGUUCCUCCCUCAGUUCCUCCCUCAGUUCCUCCCUCAGUUCCUUCCUCCCUCAGUUCCUCCCUCAGUUCCUCCCUCAGUUCCUCCCUCAGUUCCUCCCUCAGUUCCUCCCUCAGUUCCUCCCUCAGUCCCUCCCUCAGUUCCUUCCUCCCUCAGUUCCUCCCUCAGUUCCUCCCUCAGUUCCUCCCUCAGUUCCUCCUCAGCUGCUCCCUCAGUUCCUCCCUAAGUUCCUCCCUCAGUUCCUCCCUCAGUUCCUCCCUCAGUUCCUCCCUCAGUUCCUCCCUCAGUUCCUCCCUCAGUUCCUCCCUCAGUUCUCCUUCAGUACCUCCCUCAGUUCCUCCCUCAGUUCCUCCCUCAGUUCCUCCCUCAGUUCCUCCCUCAGUUCCUCCCUCAGUUCCUCCCUCAGUUCCUCCCUCAGUUCCUCCCUCAGUUCCUCCCUCAGUUCCUCCCUCAGUUCCUCCCUCAGUUCCUUCCUCCCUCAGUUCCUCCCUCAGUUCCUCCCUCAGUUCCUGCCCAGUUCCUCCCUCAGUUCCUCCCUCAGUUCCUCCCUCAGUCCCUCCCUCAGUUCCUCCCUCCCUCAGUUCCUUCCUCCCUCAGUUCCUCCCUCAGUUUGUCCCACAGUUCCUCCCUCGUUCCUCCCUCAGUUCCUCCCUCCCUCAGUUCCUCCCUCCCUCAGUUCCUCCCUCAGUUCCUUCCUCCCUCAGUUCCUCCCUCAGUUCCUCCCUCAGUUCCUCCCUCAGUUCCUCCCUCAGUUCCUCCCUCAGUUCCUCCCUCAGUUCCUCCCUCAGUUCCUCCCUCAGUUCCUCCCUCAGUUCCUCCCUCAGUUCCUCCCUCAGUUCCUCCCUCAGUUCCUCCCUCAGUUCCUCCCUCAGUUCCUCCCUCAGUUCCUCCCUCAGUUCCUCCCUCAGUUCCUCCCUCAGUUCCUCCCUCAGUUCCUCCCUCAGUUCCUCCCUCAGUCCCUCCCUCAGUUCCUUCCUCCCUCAGUUCCUCCCUCAUUCCUCCCUCAGUUCCUCCCUCAGUUCCUCCCUCAGUUCCUCCCUCAGUUCCUCCCUCAGUUCCUCCCUCAGUUCCUCCCUCAGUUCCUCCCUCAGUUCCUCCCUCAGUUCCUCCCUCAGUUCCUCCCUCAGUUCCUCCCUCAGUUCCUCCCUCAGUUCCUCCCUCAGUUCCUCCCUCAGUCCCUCCCUCAGUUCCUCCCUCAGUUCCUCCCUCAGUUCCUCCCUCAGUUCCUCCCUCAGUUCCUCCCUCAGUUCCUCCUUCAGUACCUCCCUCAGUUCCUCCCUCAGUUCCUCCCUCAGUUCCUCCCUCAGUUCCUCCCUCAGUUCCUCCCUCAGUUCCUUCCUCCCUCAGUUCCUCCCUCAUUCCUCCCUCAGUCCCUCCCUCAGUUCCUCCCUCAGUUCCUCCCUCAGUUCCUCCCUCAGUUCCUCCCUCAGUUCCUCCCUCAGUUCCUCCCUCAGUUCCUCCCUCAGUUCCUCCCUCAGUUCCUCCCUCAGUUCCUCCCUCAGUUCCUCCCUCAGUUCCUCCCUCAGUUCCUCCCUCAGUUCCUCCCUCAGUUCCUCCCUCAGUUCCUCCCUCAGUUCCUCCCUCAGUUCCUCCCUCAGUUCCUCCCUCAGUUCCUCCCUCAGUCCCUCCCUCAGUUCCUUCCUCCCUCAGUUCCUCCCUCAUUCCUCCCUCAGUUCCUCCCUCAGUUCCUCCCUCAGUUCCUCCCUCAGUUCCUCCCUCAGUUCCUCCCUCAGUUCCUCCCUCAGUUCCUUCCUCCCUCAGUUCCUCCCUCAUUCCUCCCUCAGUUCCUCCCUCAGUUUCUCCCACAGUUCCUCCCUCAGUUCCUCCCACAGUUCCUCCCUCAGUUCCUCCCUCAGUUCCUCCCUCCCUCAGUUCCUCCCUCAGUUCCUCCCUCCCUCAGUUCCUCCCUCCCUCAGUUCCUCCCUCAGUUCCUCCCUCAGUUCCUCCCUCAGUUCCUCCCUCAGUUCCUCCCUCAGUUCCUCCCUCAGUCCCUCCCUCAGCUCCUACCUCAGCUCCUACCUCAGUUCCUCCCUCAGUUCCUCCCUCAGUCCCUCCCUCAGUUCCUCCCUCAGUUCCUCCUUCAGUUACUCCCUCAGUUCCUCCCUCAGUUCCUCCCUCAGUUCCUCCCUCAGUUCCUCCCUCAGUUCCUCCCUCAGUUCCUCCCUCAGUUCCUCCCUCAGUUCCUCCCUCAGUUCCUCCCUCAGUUCCUCCCUCAGUUCCUCCCUCAGUUCCUUCCUCCCUCAGUUCCUCCCUCAGUUCCUCCCUCAGUUCCUCCCUCAGUUCCUUCCUCCCUCAGUUCCUCCCUCAGUUCCUCCCUCAGUUCCUCCCUCAGUUCCUCCCUCAGUUCCUCCCUCAGUUCCUCCCUCAGUCCCUCCCUCAGUUCCUUCCUCCCUCAGUUCCUCCCUCAGUUCCUCCCUCAGUUCCUCCCUCAGUUCCUCCCUCAGUUCCUCCCUCAGUUCCUCCCUCAGUUCCUCCCUCAUUCCUUCCUCCCUCAGUUCCUCCCUCAGUUCCUCCCUCAGUUCCUCCCUCAGUUCCUCCCUCAGUUCCUCCCUCAGUUCCUCCCUCAGUUCCUCCCUCAGUUCCUCCCUCAGUUCCUCCCUCAGUUCCUCCCUCAGUCCCUCCCUCAGUUCCUCCCUCAGUUCCUCCCUCAGUUCCUCCCUCAGUUCCUCCCUCAGUUCCUCCCUCAGUUCCUCCCUCAUUCCUUCCUCCCUCAGUUCCUCCCUCAGUUCCUCCCUCAGUUCCUCCCUCAGUUCCUCCCUCAGUUCCUCCCUCAGUUCCUCCCUCAGUUCCUCCCUCAGUUCCUCCCUCAGUUCCUCCCUCAGUUCCUCCCUCAGUUCCUCCCUCAGUUCCUCCCUCAGUUCCUCCCUCAGUUCCUCCCUCAGUUCCUUCCUCCCUCAGUUCCUCCCUCAGUUCCUCCCUCAGUUCCUCCCUCAGUUCCUCCCUCAGUUCCUUCCUCCCUCAGUUCCUCCCUCAGUUCCUCCCUCAGUUCCUCCCUCAGUUCCUCCCUCAGUUCCUCCCUCAGUUCCUCCCUCAGUUCCUCCCUCAGUUCCUCCCUCAGUUCCUCCCUCAGUUCCUUCCUCCCUCAGUUCCUCCCUCAGUUCCUCCCUCAGUCCCUCCCUCAGUUCCUCCCUCAGUUCCUCCCUCAGUUCCUCCCUCAGUUCCUCCCUCAGUUCCUCCCUCAGUUCCUCCCUCAGUUCCUCCCUCAGUUCCUCCCUCAGUUCCUUCCUCCCUCAGUUCCUCCCUCAGUUCCUCCCUCAGUUCCUCCCUCAGUUCCUCCCUCAGUUCCUCCCUCAGUUCCUUCCUCCCUCAGUUCCUCCCUCAGUUCCUCCCUCAGUUCCUCCCUCAGUUCCUCCCUCAGUUCCUCCCUCAGUCCCUCCCUCAGUUCCUUCCUCCCUCAGUUCCUCCCUCAGUUCCUCCCUCAGUUCCUCCCUCAGUUCCUCCCUCAGUUCCUCCCUCAGUUCCUCCCUCAGUUCCUCCCUCAGUUCCUCCCUCAGUUCCUCCCUCAGUUCCUCCCUCAGUUCCUCCCUCAGUUCCUCCCUCAGUUCCUCCCUCAGUUCCUCCCUCAGUUCCUCCCUCAGUUUCUCCCACCAGUUCCUCCCUCAGUUCCUCCCUCAGUUCCUCCCUCCCUCAGUUCCUCCCUCCCUCAGUUCCUCCCUCAGUUCCUCCCUCAGUUCCUUCCUCCCUCAGUUCCUCCCUCAGUUCCUCCCUCAGUUCCUCCCUCAGUUCCUCCCUCAGUUCCUCCCUCAGUUCCUCCCUCAGUUCCUUCCUCCCUCAGUUCCUUCCUCCCUCAGUUCCUCCCUCAGUUCCUCCCUCAGUCCCUCCCUCAGUUCCUCCCUCAGUUCCUCCCUCAGUUCCUCCCUCAGUUCCUCCCUCAGUUCCUCCCUCAGUUCCUCCCUCAGUUCCUCCCUCAGUUCCUCCCUCAUUCCUUCCUCCCUCAGUUCCUCCCUCAGUUCCUCCCUCAGUUCCUCCCUCAGUUCCUCCCUCAGUUCCUCCCUCAGUUCCUCCCUCAGUUCCUCCCUCAGUUCCUCCCUCAGUUCCUCCCUCAGUUCCUCCCUCAGUUCCUCCCUCAGUUCCUCCCUCAGUUCCUCCCUCAGUUCCUCCCUCAGUUCCUCCCUCAGUUCCUCCCUCAGUUCCUCCCUCAGUUCCUCCCUCAGUUCCUCCCUCAGUUCCUCCCUCAGUCCCUCCCUCAGUUCCUCCCUCAGUUCCUCCCUCAGUUCCUCCCUCAGUUCCUCCCUCAGUUCCUCCCUCAGUUCCUUCCUCCCUCAGUUCCUCCCUCAGUUCCUCCCUCAGUCCCUCCCUCAGUCCCUCCCUCAGUUCAGAAUCAGCGUUCCUCCCUCAGUUCCUACCUCAUCCCUACCUCAGUACCUCUCCUCUCAGUUCCUCCCUCAGUUUCCUCCCUCAGUUCAUCCCUCAGCCUCCCUCAGUUCCUCGCUCCUCCCUCAGCUCCUCCCUCAGUUCCUCCCUCAGUUACUCCCCUCAGCUCCUCCCUCAGCUCAUCCCUCAGUUCCUCCCUCAGUUCCUCCCUCAGUCUCUCCUCAGUUCCCCUUCAGUACCUACCUCAGUUCCUCCCUCAGUUCCUCCCUCAGUUCCUCCCUCAGUUCCUCCCUCAGUUCCUUCCUCCCUCAUUCCUCCCUCAGUUCCUCCCUCAGUUCAUCCUCAGUUCCUCCCUCAGUUCCUCCCUCCCUCAGUUCCUCCCUCAGUUCCUCCCUCAGUCCCUCCCUCAGUUCCUCCCUCAGUUCCUCCCUCAGUUCCUCCCUCAGUUCCUCCCUCAGUUCUCACCUAAGUUCCCAACUCAGUUCCUCCCUCAGUUCCUUCCUCCCUCAGUUCCUCCCUCAGUUCCUUCCUCCCUCAGUUCCUCCCUCAGUUCCUCCCUCAGUCCCUCCCUCAGUUCCUCCCUCAGUUCCUCCCUCAGUUCCUCCCUCAGUUCCUCCCUCAGUUCCUCCCUCAGUUCCUUCCUCCCUCAGUUCCUCCCUCAGUUCCUCCCUCAGUUCCUCCUUAGUUCUCCCUCAGUUCCUCCCUCAGUUUCUCCCUCAUUCCCUCCCCUCAGUUCCUUCCUCCCUCAGUUCCUCCCUCAGUUCCUCCCUCAGUUCCUCCCUCAGUUCCUCCUCAGCUGCUCCUCACUCCUCCCUCAGUUCCUCCUUCAGUACCUCCCUCAGUUCCUCCCUCAGUUCCUCCCUCAGUUCCUCCCUCAGUUCCUCCCUCAGUUCCUCCCUCAGUUCCUCCCUCAGUUCCUCCCUCAGUUCCUCCCUCAGUUCCUCCCUCAGUUCCUCCCUCAGUUCCUCCCUCAGUUCCUUCCUCCCUCAGUUCCUCCCUCAGUUCCUCCCUCAGUUCCUCCCUCAGUUCCUCCCUCAGUUCCUCCCUCAGUUCCUCCCUCAGUUCCUCCCUCAGUUCCUUCCUCCCUCAGUUCCUCCCUCAGUUCCUCCCUCAGUUUGUCCCACAGUUCCUCCCUCAGUUCCUCCUCAGUUCCUCCCUCCUCAGUUCCUCCCUCCCUCAGUUCCUCCCUCAGUUCCUUCCUCCCUCAGUUCCUCCCUCAGUUCCUCCCUCAGUUCCUCCCUCAGUUCCUCCCUCAGUCCCUCCCUCAGUUCCUCCCUCAGUUCCUCCCUCAGUUCCUCCCUCAGUUCCUCCCUCAGUUCCUCCCUCAGUUCUCCUCAGUUCCUCCCUCAUUCCUCCCUCAGUUCCUCCCUCAGUUCCUCCCUCAGUUCCUCCCUCAGUUCCUCCCUCAGUCCCUCCCUCAGUUCCUUCCUCCCUCAGUUCCUCCCUCAUUCCUCCCUCAGUUCCUCCCUCAGUUCCUCCCUCAGUUCCUCCCUCAGUUCCUCCCUCAGUUCCUCCCUCAGUUCCUCCCUCAGUUCCUCCCUCAUUCCUCUCAGUUCCUCCCUCAGCUCCUCCCUAAGAUCCUCCCUCAGCUCCUCCCUCAGUUCCUCCCUCAGUUCCUCCCUCAGUUCCUCCCUCAGUUCCUCCCUCAGUUCCUCCCUCAGUUCCUUCCUCCCUCAGUUCCUCCCUCAUUCCUCCUCACUUCCCUCCCUCAGUUCCUCCCUCAGUUCCUCCCUCAGUUCCUUCCUCCCUCAGUUCCUCUCCUCACUGUUCCUCCCUCAGUCCCUCCCUCAGUUCCUCCCUCAGUUCCUCCCUCAGUUCCUCCCUCCGUUCUCCCUCAGUUCCUCCCUCAGUUCCUCCCUCAGUUCCUCCCUCAGUUCCUUUUUUUCCCUCAGUUCCUCCCUCAGUUUCCUCCCUCAGUUCCUCCCUCAGUUCCUCCCUCAGUUCCUCCCUCAGUUCCUCCCUCAGUUCCUCCCUCAGUUCCUCCCUCAGUUCCUCCCUCAGUUCCUCCCUCAGUUCCCCCAUUCCCUCCCUCAAUUCCUUCCUCCCUCAGUUCCUCCCCAGUCCUCCCUCAGUUCCUCCCUCAGUUCCUCCCUCAGUUCCUCCCUCAGUUCCUCCCUCAGUUCCUCCCUCAGUUCCUCCCUCAGUUCCUCCCUCAGUUCCUCCCUCAGUUCCUCCCUCAGUUCCUCCCUCAGUUCCUCCCUCAGAUCCUCCUCAGUUCCUUCCUCCCUCAGUUCCUCCCUCAGUUCCUCCCUCAGUUCCUCCCUCAGUUCCUCCCUCAGUUCCUCCCUCAGUUCCUCCCUCAGUCCCUCCCUCAGUUCCUUCCUCCCUCAGUUCCUCCCUCAGUUCCUCCCUCAGUUUCUCCCACAGUUCCUCCCUCAGUUCCUCCCUCAGUUCCUCCCUCAGUUCCUCCCUCAGUUCCUCCCUCAGUUCCUCCCUCCCUCAGUUCCUCCCUCCCUCAGUUCCUCCCUCAGUUCCUCCCUCAGUUCCUCCCUCAGUUCCUCCCUCAGUUCCUCCCUCAGCUCCUACCUCAGCUCCUACCUCAGUUCCUCCCUCAGUUCCUCCCUCAGUCCCUCCCUCAGUUCCUCCCUCAGUUCCUCCUUCAGUUACUCCCUCAGUUCCUCCCUCAGUCCUCCAUCAGUUCCUCCCUCAGUUCCUCCCUCAGUUCCUCCCUCAGUUCCUCCCUCAGUUCCUCCCUCAGUUCCUCCCUCAGUUCCUCCCUCAGUUCCUCCCUCAGUUCCUCCCUCAGUUCCUUCCUCCCUCAGUUCCUCCCUCAGUUCCUCCCUCAGUUCCUCCCUCAGUUCCUUCCUCCCUCAGUUCCUCCCUCAGUUCCUCCCUCAGUUCCUCCCUCAGUUCCUCCCUCAGUUCCUCCCUCAGUUCCUCCCUCAGUCCCUCCCUCAGUUCCUUCCUCCCUCAGUUCCUCCCUCAGUUCCUCCCUCAGUUCCUCCCUCAGUUCCUCCCUCAGUUCCUCCCUCAGUUCCUCCCUCAGUUCCUCCCUCAGUUCCUCCCUCAGCUUCUCCCUCAGUCCUCCUCAGUUCCUCCCUCAGUUCCUCCCUCAGUUCCUCCCUCAGUUCCUCCCUCAGUCCCUCCCUCAGUUCAUUCCUCCCUUCAGUUCCUUCCCUCAGUUCCUCCCUCAGUUCCUCCCUCAGUUCCUCCCUCAGUUCCUCCCUCAGUUCCUCCCUCAGUUCCUCCCUCAGUUCCUCCCUCAGUUCCUCCCUCAGUUCCUCCCUCAGUCCCUCCCUCAGUUCCUCCCUCAGUUCCUCCCUCAGUUCCUCCCUCAGUUCCCUCCUCUCAGUUCCUCCCUCAUUCCUCCCUCCCUCAGUUCCUCCCUCAGUUCCUCCCUCAGUUCCUUCCUCCCUCAGUUCCUCCCUCAGUUCCUCCCUCAGUUCCUCCCUCAGUUCCUCCCUCAGUUCCUCCCUCAGUUCCUCCCUCAGUUCCUCCCUCAGUUCCUCCCUCAGUUCCUCCCUCAGUUCCUCCCUCAGUUCCUCCCUCAGUUCCUCCCUCAGUUCCUCCCUCAGUUCCUUCCUCCCUCAGUUCCUCCCUCAGUUCCUCCCUCAGUUCCUCCCUCAGUUCCUCCCUCAGUUCCUUCCUCCCUCAGUUCCUCCCUCAGUCCCUCCCUCAGUUCCUCCCUCAGUUCCUCCCUCAGUUCCUCCCUCAGUUCCUCCCUCAGUUCCUCCCUCAGUUCCUCCCUCAGUUCCUCCCUCAGUUCCUCCCUCAGUUCCUUCCUCCCUCAGUUCCUCCCUCAGUUCCUCCCUCAGUCCCUCCCUCAGUUCCUCCCUCAGUUCCUCCCUCAGUUCCUCCCUCAGUUCCUCCCUCAGUUCCUCCCUCAGUUCCUCCCUCAGUUCCUCCCUCAGUUCCUCCCUCAGUUCCUCCCUCAGUUCCUCCCUCAGUUCCUCCCUCAGUUCCUCCCUCAGUUCCUCCCUCAGUUCCUCCCUCAGUUCCUUCCUCCCUCAGUUCCUCCCUCAGUUCCUCCCUCAGUUCCUCCCUCAGUUCCUCCCUCAGUUCCUCCCUCAGUCCCUCCCUCAGUUCCUUCCUCCCUCAGUUCCUCCCUCAGUUCCUCCCUCAGUUCCUCCCUCAGUUCCUCCCUCAGUUCCUCCCUCAGUUCCUCCCUCAGUUCCUCCCUCAGUUCCUCCCUCAGUUCCUUCCUCCCUCAGUUCCUCCCUCAGUCCCUCCCUCAGUUCCUCCCUCAGUUCCUCCCUCAGUUCCUCCCUCAGUUCCUCCCUCAGUUCCUCCCUCAGUUCCUCCCUCAGUUCCUCCCUCAGUUCCUCCCUCAGUUCCUCCCUCAGUUCCUCCCUCAGUUCCUCCCUCAGUUUCUCCCACAGUUCCUCCCUCGUUCCUCCCUCAGAUCCUCCCUCCCUCAGUUCCUCCCUCCCUCAGUUCCUCCCUCAGUUCCUCCCUCAGUUCCUCCCUCCCUCAGUUCCUCCCUCAGUUCCUCCCUCAGUUCCUCCCUCAGUUCCUCCCUCAGUUCCUCCCUCAGUUCCUCCCUCAGUUCCUCCCUCAGUUCCUUCCUCCCUCAGUUCCUCCCUCAGUUCCUCCCUCAGUCCCUCCCUCAGUUCCUCCCUCAGUUCCUCCCUCAGUUCCUCCCUCAGUUCCUCCCUCAGUUCCUCCCUCAGUUCCUCCCUCAGUUCCUCCCUCAGUUCCUCCCUCAGUUCCUCCCUCAGUUUCUCCCCACAGUUCCUCCCUCAUUCCUCCCUCAGUUCCUCCCUCAGUCCCUCCCUCAGUUCCUCCCUCAGUUCCUCCCUCAGUUCCUCCCUCAGUUCCUCCCUCAGUUCCUCCCUCAGUUCCUCCCUCAGUUCCUCCCUCAGUUCCUCCCUCAGUUCCUCCCUCAGUUCCUCCCUCGGUUUCUCCCACAGUUCCUCCCUCAGUUCCUCCCUCAGUUCCUCCCUCAGUUCCUCCCUCAGUUCCUCCCUCAGUUCCUUCCUCCCUCAGUUCCUCCCUCAGUUCCUCCCUCAGUUCCUCCCUCAGUUCCUCCCUCAGUUCCUCCCUCAGUUCCUCCCUCAGUUCCUUCCUCCCUCAGUUCCUUCCUCCCUCAGUUCCUCCCUCAGUUCCUCCCUCAGUCCCUCCCUCAGUUCCUCCCUCAGUUCCUCCCUCCCUCAGUUCCUCCCUCAGUUCCUCCCUCAGUUCCUCCCUCAGUUCCUCCCUCAGUUCCUCCCUCAGUUCCUCCCUCAGUUCCUCCUCAGAUCCUCCCUCAGUUCCUCCCUCAGUUCCUCCCUCAGUUCCUCCCUCAGUCUUCCUUCAGUACCCCCUCCCUCAGUUCCUCCUUCAGUACCUCCCUCCCUCAGUUCCUCCCUCAGUUCCUCCCUCAGUUCCUCCCUCAGUUCCUCCCUCAGUUCCUCCCUCAGUUUCUCCCACAGUUCCUCCCUCAUUCCUUCCUCCCUCAGUUCCUCCCUCAGUUCCUCCCUCAGUUCCUCCCUCAGUUCCUCCCUCAGUUCCUCCCUCAGUUCCUCCCUCAGUUCCUCCCUCAGUUCCUCCCUCAGUUCCUCCCUCAGUUCCUCCCUCAGUUCCUCCCUCAGUUCCUCCCUCAGUUCCUCCCUCAGUUCCUUCCUCCCUCAGUUCCUCCCUCAUUCCUCCCUCAGUUCCUCCCUCAGUUCCUCCCUCAGUUCCUCCCUCAGUUCCUCCCUCAGUUCCUCCCUCAGUUCCUCCCUCAGUUCCUCCCUCAGUUCCUCCCUCAGUUCCUCCCUCAGUUCCUCCCUCAGUCCCUCCCUCAGUUCCUCCCUCAGUCCCUCCCUCAGUUCCUCCCUCAGUUCCUCCCUCAGUUCCUCCCUCAGUUUCUCCCACAGUUCCUCCCUCAGUUCCUCCCUCAGUUCCUCCCUCCCUCAGUUCCUCCCUCCCUCAGUUCCUCCCUCAGUUCCUCCCUCAGUUCCUUCCUCCCUCAGUUCCUCCCUCAGUUCCUCCCUCAGUUCCUCCCUCAGUUCCUCCCUCAGUUCCUCCCUCAGUUCCUCCCUCAGUUCCUCCCUCAGUUCCUUCCUCCCUCAUUCCUCCCUCAGUUCCUCCCUCAGUUCCUCCCUCAGUUCCUCCCUCAGUUCCUCCCUCAGUUCCUCCCUCAGUUCCUCCCUCAGUUUCUCCCACAGUUCCUCCCUCAGUUCCUCCCUCAGUUCCUCCCUCAGUUCCUCCCUCAGUUCCUCCCUCAGUUCCUUCCUCCCUCAGUUCCUCCCUCAGUUCCUCCCUCAGUUCCUCCCUCAGUUCCUCCCUCAGUUCCUCCCUCAGUUCCUCCCUCAGUUCCUCCCUCAGUUCCUUCCUCCCUCAGUUCCUUCCUCCCUCAGUUCCUCCCUCAGUUCCUCCCUCAGUCCCUCCCUCAGUUCCUCCCUCAGUUCCUCCCUCAGUUCCUCCCUCAGUUCCUCCCUCAGUUCCUCCCUCAGUUCCUCCCUCAGUUCCUCCCUCAGUUCCUCCCUCAGUUCCUCCCUCAGUUCCUCCCUCAGUUUCUCCCACAGUUCCUCCCUCAGUUCCUCCCUCAGUUCCUCCCUCAGUUCCUCCCUCAGUUCCUCCCUCAGUUCCUUCCUCCCUCAGUUCCUCCCUCAUUCCUCCCUCAGUUCCUCCCUCAGUUCCUCCCUCAGUCCCUCCCUCAGUUCCUCCCUCAGUUCCUCCCUCAGUUCCUCCCUCAGUUCCUCCCUCAGUUCCUCCCUCAGUUCCUCCCUCAGUUCCUCCCUCAGUUCCUCCCUCAGUUCCUCCCUCAGUUCCUCCCUCAGUUCCUCCCUCAGUUUCUCCCACAGUUCCUCCCUCAGUUCCUCCCUCAGUUCCUCCCUCAGUUCCUCCCUCAGUUCCUCCCUCAGUUCCUUCCUCCCUCAGUUCCUCCCUCAGUUCCUUCCCUCCUCAGUUCCUCCCUCAGUUCCUCCCUCAGUUCCUCCCUCAGUUCCUCCCUCAGUUCCUUCCUCCCUCAGUUCCUUCCUCCCUCAGUUCCUCCCUCAUUCCUCCCUCAGUUCCUCCCUCAGUUCCUCCCUCAGUUCCUCCCUCAGUUCCUCCCUCAGUUCCUCCCUCAGUUCCUCCCUCAGUUCCUCCCUCAGUUCCUCCCUCAGUUUCUCCCACAGUUCCUCCCUCAGUUCCUCCCUCAGUUCCUCCCUCAGUUCCUCCCUCAGUUCCUCCCUCAGUUCCUUCCUCCCUCAGUUCCUCCCUCAUUCCUCCCUCAGUCCCUCCCUCAGUUCCUCCCUCAGUUCCUCCCUCAGUCCCUCCCUCAGUUCCUCCCUCAGUUCCUCCCUCAGUUCCUCCCUCAGUUCCUCCCUCAGUUCCUCCCUCAGUUCCUCCCUCAGUUCCUCCCUCAGUUCCCUCCUCAGUUCCUCCCUCAGUUCCUCCCUCAGUUCCUCCCUCAGUUUCUCCCACAUUCCUUCCUCCCUCAGUUCCUCCCUCAGUUCCUCCCUCAGUUCCUCCCUCAGUUCCUCCCUCAGUUCCUCCCUCAGUUCCUCCCUCAGUUCCUUCCUCCCUCAGUUCCUUCCUCCCUCAGUUCCUCCCUCAGUUCCUCCCUCAGUUCCUCCCUCAGUUCCUCCCUCAGUUCCUCUCCCUCAGAUCUCCCCUCAGUCCUCCCUCAGUUCCUCCCUCAGUUCCUCCUUCAAUACCUCCUCCCUCAGUUCCUCCCUCAGUUCCUCCCUCAGUUCCUCCCUCAGUUCCUCCCUCAGUUCCUCCCUCAGUUCCUCCCUCAGUUCCUCCCUCAGUCCCUCCCUCAGUUCCUCCCUCAGUUCCUCCCUCAGUCCCUCCCUCAGUUCCUCCCUCAGUCCCUCCCUCAGUUCCUCCCUCAGUCCCUCCCUCAGUUCCUCCCUCAGUUCCUUCCUCCCUCAGUUCCUCCCUCAGUCAACCCCUACCUGCGUCGCUUCCUCUCUUCCAACGCGCGUCGCCACUUCCUCUUCUUAUGCUGCAACCACUUGCCAUAG